AUGCGUCCGCGGUGUCCGUGGCAUGCUAUAAUCUUUUUCCUCCACAGACCACUGUCCAUGUCCACCCCAACACGUGCACGACCAGCUAUAGUUACCUAUACGAAGGAUGCAGUAUUGAGGGGGCACGGAAAGUUUACUUUGCGAUAUCAUCUCGGGGAACGCCACACAGCAUAG